ACACAGUUACUGCUCGAGUCUGAAAUCCGCUGCCCGACCGCUCACCACAACACAGGACCGUCCAGAUUCCCAGUGCUCUCCAGAUCAAACAAAGACAAACGGCUCAGUCUGGAGUCUGUUUGACUCAAACUUCCCCUCCACCAAUCAGUGGCUAAAUUACACCAUGCAGGAUCCAAACAGAAGCAAACAAAAGAAAACAAAGCUGAUUGGCUGAGGCAGAAUGUGCAGGGAAAGCAGAAAAACAAUAUCAGCAAAAGUCAGUCACAGAGAGAGAGAGAGAGAGUCUGAAACACACACACACACCGUGACUCCGCCCCCUUCGUCUUUAUUCAAUGCUUCUCAGCCUGAAGGACAGAAAGAAAGAAUCACAGAUCAGGACACCAGGAGGAGAGACGGGGCGAACACAUCGAAUCAUGGCCACAGCAGACACAAGACCGCAGCACAUCCUUCCGUCCGAUCCCCGCGCUCCGAGCCUCUUAUCACGGAUCACCGGCACCAGAACCGAGCUGACUGACACCACGGCGGAUCCGCGGCCAGAAUGAGGGUGAUUUACGUCCAGAACGCCGGCGUGGUCGCUGCUUUCUCGCCUGAGAUUUUCUGCGGUAGAUUAUUAAAACAAAGGAACAACGGAGAAAUCAUGAUCGAACGCGCCACGGGGAAGAGAACACGUCAUAACGGAGUAGAAUACGUCAUAAUGUUUUAGAACGCAUCAUAAUAGAAUAGUGCACAAUAGAUACAUUGUCGUUCUAAUUGUGAAUGAUACAUUGUAGCAGUUUAUAAGUGCCAUAAAACCACAUGGCAGGUGUUUAUUAGUUUCUUUUUAAUAAUAUUCCGUUUUAGUCCGUUCAUAGCCCUGUUUUAUCGUUCAUAAUUAGCCUGGGAUUAUUACUUUCCUUUAGAUAGCCUACCAUAGCCGGCUAUAGAUAGAACAGAUAGACACCUCAUUAAAACAUGAGUCAUUAUUGACAAUCAUAAAUUAGUUUUUAUGUUAACAUAAUAAACCUUUGCAUUGUAAUUUAUUUAUUUAUUUAUAUGCUAAUUAGCUAUAUUAAUUAGGUCUUAUAUUAUCUAUAUUUCAAAGCAUUUAGUCAAGAUAUUUAAACAUACAGGGAGGUAUAAAUCCUCCCACGUGAUGGAGACACAUAGGCCAGGUGACCCGCCAGGCCCCUCAGUGGUGGCGGAGGCCUCUGAGGGCCCCGGUGAGGUCAAACGCAGCAGCUCUGGUGUGAAGAAACAUCAUCACAAACACAACCUGAAGCAUCGCUAUGAGCUGCUGGAGACCCUGGGGAGAGGAACGUACGGCAAAGUCAAGAAGGCCAUCGAGCGCCAUUCUGGAAGAGAGGUUGCCAUCAAGUCUAUCAGGAAGGGAGAAGAUUAAAGAUGAGCAAGACAUGGUUCACAUUCGGCGAGAAAAUU